ACUUCUUAAUGCAUAUCAAUCUCGGAUAUCUGUCACUCUUCUGUUCGUCUAUCGUCGAGCUACUACCUAGCUAUUACCUAAUUAGGAUAUAACACAUUAUCGUUCCUCUUCCGUCCCGGCUGCCAUCGAUCGCGGUGCCUCUCGGCACGUCGCUUCUGAGAACGCAAUGGCUGACGAUCAGAACCAUAUCCAGCGAGAACUCCCUAACUUUCAACACCCUUUAGCUGCGAGGAGGAAAAGCAUACCAAGACGUAACACCGAUACCAGACCCUGGGAACCCACCUUAAAAUAUGACCCCAAUAACCCAAACAAAGCCCAUAGGAGAUUCUCCAGUGUUUUAAGGGCUUCCCCUGAGCCUAUACCGGAUCCUACCAACCUACCUACGUCACUUCCCACUUUCGGCGAAGGGAUGGGCAACAGUCAACAACCGGGGCGGGGCUUUGGCGCCGAGGAUCUCAACCGGCUUAAUAUCGCAGGAGACAAUGACAACCUCUCCAACUUAAGUACCGCGUCAGUCGCAUCCACAAGCCUGGCAACUGGCGGUCCAAGUUCGCAUGGUUCAAACGGCUCUGGUAGAAGUGGCAUUACAGAGAGGCCUUUCCAGAACGGAGACAACAUAGGGAAGGCUAAGUCGAGGCGUAAGAGGUUUCCCCAAAGACAACCCAAUGCCCUUAACUUUUUAGAUUCCGACUCCCCUGUUUUGACAGAGGAAAGUAUUCUGAGGUCAGUGGAAGAGGCAGCUCGUCGAUCGCCAACCUCUCUCCAAGGCCAAUCGCCAUCAAUCCGCAGCGCAUCCACUGCGACGACCGGCUUUAGGGACGACGCUUCAGAGAACGUUGGUGAGCAUGAAACCGACCGAAGCACAAGCCCCGAGCGCGGCGUCGAGGAUGGUCGUCCGAAUGGUGGACCUGGGAUGACAUCGGGUCCGAAUAGGAAACGAAGCUAUGGAUUCCCUGACGUCCCGCGCGGGAACUUCGAACGUCCAAAUACACCACCAGCUGAACGCGCUCCACGAGACCCCAAUCGAGGUCGGCCACGACCUGCUCCAGCACCAGAGAGAUUGCCUUUGACGGGCUAUGAGCUGCUUGCCUCGAAGCUUUCUAUUUCGCCAGCAAAUCAAUCUGGCCCGCAUCUCCGACCCAUAUUUCGUCGGUUUGAGAUGUUGAAUCACAGAUUGUUGCUUUAUCUACAGGAUGAGAUUUGCGAAUUAGAAGAGCAACUCCGUCGACUUGACGCGGCGGAUACGCAGAAUCGGCGCAUACCAGGGCCGGAUUCCUUCUUCCCGGCGUCACGAAGAGCAGAGUAUAUGGCGGGUGGUGAGCUCUAUUGGCAUAAGACCGAUAUCCUCGGAAAGAUUGGAUUUAAGUUGGAACAAUACAACCGCCUACUAUCGUCGUGUAGAGAAACGCAAGGGAUGCCAGUUCCGUCGUUGGAGGAUAUCCAUGAAUAUCGCAGCUACCUUGCGACUCACGCUCCUAUCGCCGAGAUCGAGAGCCGUUUUCUUGAUAUAUCAGAUGAUCUAAUAUGCGUUAGCGAUGAGUACCAGGAGGUAGUCGAGGACGAACCAAUUCCAACUCCAAUCCCACAUCCAGGUUUCACUAUGGCAGAGCCUCGAGCCGUGUCUCCUAUUAGGUCUCGACCUGUCUCACCUUAUCAACAAGACAGGCCUGUCUCACCAUAUCGGCAAGAUCGGCAAGAAGGCAGCGUCAUAACCGUCGACACGGUAUACGAUGACAAUCAAGUCAUACUAUUGUCUAUAGCGGUCACAGUAGCUGUUAUCCUUCCCAUCUUGACGUUCUUAAUCAUUCCAGGAUACCCUGGCAGGUUGACGGUGGUUAUUCUAGUCGGCCUCGGUAUUCUAGGAGCUCUCUUCCAAGGGCAGAUAGUGGCUAUUCGCACCUGGGAGCUCCUCACCUGCGUCGGUCUUUAUGGCGCUGUGAUGGCCGUUAUCGCGGGGAUUGUGUAAUCGGCAUGUUUAUUGUGUUCAGGCGCGAACAUAACUAAGACAAGUUAAUGUCUAAUUUUUAUAUCGACCUACCUACUGUCUCUACAGACAUACAGGGGAUUGGGAUAUAUAUCGGAUUAUGUCAUAUGUUAGGGAAAUAUGGGGUUAGGAGGAAACUGGCCAUGUUGACAACGCUCUUUGGAACAUUUACUUGUAUAAGAAUUUGCAGGAAUGG